CGGGUAUCCGCGGGUUUGGUUUUGGUGAUGGAUUUCCACCCGAAUCGGUUUCGGGUUCGGAUUCGGGUUUCAAUUUCGGAUUUCGAUUUUGGGUGCACGGAGACUCAACCCGAUCCGAACCCGACCCGUUGCCAUUCUUAGCCGGCAUUUUGGGCCGGGUCCAUGGGCCAGCCGGUCAGGAUACAGCAGCGCGCUGUCACUGUCACUGUCAGUGGUCGAGCGGUGAGUCUCGCGGCGGCGGAGGAAGAGGAAUGUAUCGCCGGCUAGAGGGCCCGCUGCGGGGCGGGGAGGAGACCCUCGUGGAGGCCGCGUGUGAGGCAGCGCGGGUGGGGGGCUGCCAUUGCGGCGAGAGCGGUCGCCAGGGAAGCCGUUAGAACGCAAGUCGCAAGUGUGCAAAGCAAAGCAGCCACCAACGACGGGAUCUGCCACGCAUCAAGCUUCAGAAGGAUGAGCCAGUCACUGAAGAAAUUGCACUGAACUCCUUGAGGCAAGCUCUGGAUCAGUUCUCUUCACUGCAAGCGAGUGAUGGGCACUGGCCCGGUGACUUCAGCGGGGUCAUGUUCAUAAUGCCCGGCUUGGUGCGCCUUUCCUACUUUUCUACACACAACACACCUAUGUAUAUUUGCUUUGCACGUCACUAAUUCACUGAACGUUGUUGUAUCACCGGAACAUCGCCGUGAGAUAUGCCGCUACAUCUACAAUCAUCAGAAUGAAGAUGGUGGAUGGGGCACACUUAUCUUGGGCUCAAGCAGCAUGUUUGGAACAUGCUCAAACUACAUCACCUUGAGGCUUCUUGGUGAGGAACCAAACGACGAGGACAGUGCAUUGGCUAAAGGGCGUGCUUGGAUUUUAUCCCAUGGUGGUGCAACUUUAGUGCCCCAAUGGGGAAAGAUAUGGCUUUCGAUACUUGGAGUGUAUGAUUGGUCUGGAAAUAAUCCAAUUUUCCCUGAACUAUGGUUGGUUCCCAGGUUUCUGCCAUUUCAUCCAGGGAAGUUCUGGUGUUUAACCCGUAUGGUGUAUCUGCCAAUGGCUUAUCUUUACGGCAAGAAAUUUGUUGGGCCGAUUACACCAACUAUACUGGCACUAAGAGAGGAGAUUUAUGGCACUUGUUAUGGCAAGAUCGAUUGGAGCAAGGCCCAUAACGCCUGUGCAAAGGAGGAUCUCCUCUGUCCACGUACAGACUUGCAGAAUGAUGUUUGGACCUCACUCUACAGGUGUGUGGAACCAGUGUUUAGCAGUUGGCCUGUCAACAAGCUGAGAGACAAAGCCCUGGACAACCUCAUGGAGCAUAUACAUUAUGAAGAUGAGAACACUCAGUAUGUUUGCAUAUGCGCUGUGAACAAGGCUCUAAACAUGGUCUGCUGCUGGGUAGAAAAUCCAAAUUCAAAUGCAUUCAAGCACCACCUUGCAAGGAUUCCUGAUUUCUUGUGGCUUUCAGAAGAUGGCAUGAAGGCACAGGUAUAUGAUGGCUGUCAGAGCUGGGAGACAGCAUUCAUAAUUCAAGCAUUUUGUGCAACGGAUCUUGUCAACGAGUAUAUUCCAACUAUCCAGAGAGCCUAUGAGUUCAUGAAACAUUCACAGGUUCUGAGGAAUCAUCCUGGUGACCAAAGUUACUGGCAUCGCCAUAGAUCGAAGGGAUCAUGGACUCUUUCAUCUGCAGACAACGGAUGGGCUGUAUCUGACACUACAGGAGAAGCUCUUAAGGCUGUACUUUUGCUGUCAAACAUUGCAAGCAACCAUAUUGGUGAUCCGAUAGAAAGAGAAAGGCUGUAUGAUGCUGCCGAUUGCCUUUUAUCUUUUAUGAACAAAGAUGGUACCUUUUCUACAUACGAGUGCAAAAGAACUUCUUCUUGGAUAGAGAUUCUAAAUCCUUGUGAGAGUUUUCCCAAUAUGGUCGUUGAUUAUCCUUACCCAGAAUGCACUUCCUCCGUGCUUCAAGCUCUGAUACUGUUCAAAGAGUUAUACCCUAGUUAUCAUACAGAAGAGAUCAAUGAAUCUAUCAGAAAGGCAGCAAUAUUUAUUGAGAGCAGACAAAAGGAAGAUGGUUCCUGGUUAGGCACUUGGGGUGUAUGUUUUACCUAUGGGGCCUUCUUUUCGAUUAAAGGUUUAGUUGCUUCUGGAAGAACAUAUGAGAACAGCUCUUCCAUCAGGAAAGCUUGCCAAUUUUUAUUGUCAAAGCAGCUCAGUACUGGUGGAUGGGGAGAAAGCCAUGUAUCAAAUGAAACAAAGGUUUAUGUGAACAUUGAAGGUAGCCGCGCUCAUGCAGUCAAUACAGCUUGGGCUAUGCUGGCUUUAAUUUAUGCUAAACAGUUUGAACGAGAUCCAACACCACUGCAUCAUGCUGCAAAAGAAUUGAUCAAUAUGAAGUUGGAGACAGGAGAGUUUCCCCAACAAGAACAUGUGGGAUGCUUCAACUGCUCCCUUUUCUUCAAUUACCCAAACUACCGUAACAUAUUCCCCAUUUGGGCUCUUGGGGAAUAUCGUCGCUGUCUUCGUGCACACAAGAUUAAUGGGUCCAUGUGAGUGUGAACAUACGAACUACAAAAGAUGUGAAGGUGUAAAGCUGUUUCCAUGUAUCAGCGUAUCACAUGCAUAAUACGAGACUGAUGCUAGCUAGUUGGAGUGUUGGACUGUUGCAUCAGCAUUCAGCAGUGUAGUACUGUAGUGACGCAUUACAGAAGAACAUGAGAUGGAAGGAAUCAAGUAGCAUAUCCGUGUCAUCAGCUUUAAUUUUAUUCCGUGUCUUUUCGUGACGUGGAGGCUUAUGUAAGAAGUUUAGUUACAGUUCACUUCAUGUCUUUGGCCUGUCAUCCAUGUCUAAUUUGUACUGCCUACCCUUGCAAUUUGCAAGAAUUAUACGUGUCCAUACUUUUCGUUAAAAAA